UUUCCACAUUUGAAUCAAAAAAUUAAAAAUGAUCAUCAAUUUAUAGGUUAACCGACCGCGCGGGGUGGAAAAGCUAAGGUUAACCUUUCUAGGUACAUGCCACCUCCCCGGGGCUGGCCAUGCUAAUAUUAGGUACCUAGUACUUUACUCAUCCGCUCUCUAUCUACUGGCCCCUCCAAUACUGGCCCUGCACAAGUCGCUGCUAGGUAAGUGAAUACAUCACUUUUCCUUUCUAUCGAUGCUGUCAAUUAACAGAACAGAACGAAGCUACAAGAAAUAAAGGUUACCGUCUGGCCAAUACUUGUAACACGCCGAAGCAAACCUUCCACGCACGUUACCCAUUCAACAGUCAAUAAGUCGACAGUUAAAAUGCAAGUUCCAUUAAUUAGGCUUCAAUGUGGAGUGAACAGCUAUGACUGGGGAAAGGUAGGAAAUGAUUCAGCCGCGGCAAAGUUUGCUGCUGCGACACCUGUCGAUGAUUUUUCUAUCCAAGAAGAUAAGCCAUAUGCUGAAGUAAGUGGUUCUUCCUUUAUAUUUCUUUGCAAAGUUUCAUACUCAUUCCCCAUAGUUGUGGAUGGGAACCCAUCCUUCAAACCCUUCCAAGGAUGUCGCCACAAAACGAACACUCCUCGAUCUCGUUCAAGACAACCAAGCCCUCCUAUCGAAAGAUGUCAGUGAGAAGUUUGGUGAAAAAUUACCAUUUCUCUUCAAAGUCCUCUCAAUCGGAAAAGCCCUGAGCAUUCAAGCGCAUCCCAAUAAGAAACUCGCAGAACAAUUGCAUCAGAAGGACAGCAAAAAUUACCCAGAUGAUAAUCACAAACCGGAAAUGACAAUUGCCAUCACGCCUUUCGAUGGACUUUGCGGAUUUAGACCUCUUGCGGAAAUCUCACAUUUCCUCUCGACCGUUCCAUCUCUGAAGAAGGUAGUUGGCCAGUCCGAAGCGGAAGACUUUCAGUCCGCGAUCAAGGGACAGGAAACAUCUGAUAAACAAAAGGAUGAGGAAAAGAACAAGAAGGCGCUUCAAAGGGUUUUCACGGCUUUGAUGAACGCGAAGAAAGAAGAUGUUGAGAAAGCUAGUGAGGAAUUGGUUGCAGCGGCACAGGAGGAGGGAGAGAAUUUUGCCGGAGGUGGAGGCACGUCAAAUGAAGGAAAGGAAUUGGCAGAUCUUGUCAUCAGGCUGAACAAACAAUUUCCAGGAGACAUUGGAUUAUUCGUCCAAUUCUUUUUGAAUUACGUCAAACUCGAAGUCGGAGAAGCAAUGUUUUUAAAGGCAGAUGACAUUCAUGCGUACUUGAGCGGCGACAUUAUCGAAUGCAUGGCUGCAUCCGACAAUGUAGUCCGAGCUGGUUUCACACCAAAGUUCAAAGACGUUGAUACUUUAACUUCGAUGUUGACAUAUUCAUAUGCCCCAAUCUCAGAACAAAAGAUGGACCCAGUGGAUUAUCCAUAUGCCACUCUCAAUGCCACCGCCUACUCUUCUGGAUCAUCAGCCAUACUCUACGACCCACCCAUUGCGGAGUUCAGUGUGGUAAAAACUGACCUGAAAAAGAGGGGAGCAAAAGCAACAUUCGAACAAAUUACUGGUCCCAGCAUUUUCAUCUGCACGACUGGAAAUGGUAAGAUUAGUGUUGGACCCAAGGUCGAGGAAGUUAAGCCUGGAUAUGUCUACUUUGUUGGAGCUACAGCAGAAGUGGUACUUGAAGCCGAAGAUGAAGAUUUCACCACAUUCAAGGCAUUCUGUGAAUUGCAAGGCAAGGAAGAUGCAGACGGAAAGGAGAAGCUCUAAAGCUCAGUUGAGAGGUUGGAUUUAUAAUUUACUAUGAAGUAACGACUUCAUGAAUGGGACAAGGCCUUCUCUUUGCAUACUUGAAAUUAUUCUCGAUAUCUGGAACAAUGAGGCCAUUCCUGUUGAGGCAAUUUGAUCCGAUCUAUUGCAUGGCUCGUGAGGAAUUCUUAUCUGAACUUCGAGCGUAACACUUUCUUAAUCUUCAU